AUGUCAAGUGCGAGCUCUCGCUCAGUUCGAAGUCGUCUUGGUGAUGAUGCAUCACAGCAGCCACUCGUUGAACCCAUGUCUACGGAUCUCUUUACAAAUGACACUCCCAACCUUGAUGUCGAAGGUAGCGAGACUCACGGAACUGCUCCUUCUAGUUCUCAAAGGAGAAGGAGUGCACAUGAACAGUCGGAUACGGAUGCCCGUUCCGGUCUACGAACCUCAGAAGUUGAUCCCGGUAGCCCACUCUCCUACAGUGACAUGUCUAGUUUUGGAAGUGGUCGCGCCGCGGAUGCCUUAAGCUCAUUCCGACCUGGAGUUAACGAGGGCGGUACACCGAGGUCCCACUUCGCCGCCUCUGGGCCGAUAGGACCUGCUAUAGAUACCGAGAUUGGGUCCUCUGCCGAGCUUGGCGCUCAGGCAAGUUGUUUUGCUCACUCUAGUUGGAUGGAAGACAUGGCAGUGUCCGGGGCCACUACCCUCGAUAUUGACUGCCAACAUUUGCGAGACGCAAAUCCUGAGCUUUACAAUCAACUGAUAACUUUCCCGAAGGAGGUCAUUCCUGCUUGUGACGCCUCUCUUCAUACUCUCUUUCUCGACCGUUUUCGGGAUGCAAGACCGGAGAGACCUUUGCAGACUCGUCCAUUCAACAGUGGAAAAUCGCGUUCUCUUCGUGAGCUAAAUCCGGAAGAUUUAGAUCAACUUGUAUCGAUCACUGGUCUCGCUAUUCGCCUCUCCAAUCUCAUCCCCGAGAUGAUGCGUGCUGAAUUUAAGUGUGCGGUUUGCGGCGCUUUGUCGAGCGUUGUGUGUGAGCGGGGGAGAGUAGCAGAACCCUCGGCCUGUGCUCGCUGUCAUGCUCUGCACACUACCCAACUGCAGCACAACAGGUGCCUCUUUGUGGACAAGCAGCUCAUCAAACUUCAGUUUCCUAUGAGUAGCGAGUUUGUUUCCUCGCAAUUGCAGGAGGCUCCUGAAGACAUGCCAGCUAGUCAGACCCCGCAUACAGUUGCGUUGUAUGCUCAUGAGGAUCUCGUGGAUAAGGUGAAGCCUGGUGAUCGAGUUUGUGUGACUGGAAUUUAUAGAGCUGUGCCUCUAAAAUUGUCCAACCGUAUGAGGACUCUGAAGGCUAUCUACAAGACUUAUAUCGAUGUGCUGCACUUUAAGAAGGAAUUGUCAGGGCGCCUUUUAAUUGACGAUGGAGAGGGAGAAAAUGAGGUAGGAGGACUUGAGGAGUCGGUCGGGUCGAACGUAAUGCGUCACCUCAGUGAGGAGCGUAUUGCACAAAUCAUUGCUCUCUCAAAGAAACCCGAUCUCUAUGAGAGGCUUUCGGCAGCCAUUGCACCCAGCAUCUACGAAAACGAGGACGUAAAAAAAGGCAUUUUGUUGCAGCUUUUCGGUGGCACAAGAAAGGACUUUGCAUCUAAGGGUCGAGGCAACUUCAGAUCAGAAAUUAAUAUUCUUCUCUGCGGAGACCCUGGCACUUCAAAAUCCCAGCUGCUACAGUACGUUUAUAGCAUCUCCCCUCGCGGUCAGUACACCUCGGGAAAGGGUAGCUCGGCUGUCGGUCUAACUGCCUAUGUUACCAAGGAUCCCGAGACGGGUCAGCUCUCAUUGCAGACUGGUGCUUUGGCUCUCGCCGAUAAUGGGACUUGUUGCAUCGACGAGUUCGAUAAGAUGACCGACUCCACUCGUUCUGUUCUCCACGAGGUGAUGGAACAACAAACUCUGAGCAUUGCAAAGGCUGGGAUACUCUGCCAAUUGAAUGCUCGUACUGCCAUUUUGGCUGCUGCCAAUCCGGUUGGGUCUAAAUGGGAUCCCUCCAAGACCAUUAUUGAUAACAUCCAG